AUGAAUACUGCAAUCUGCAGAGCAGGUCUCUAUGUCGACGAUCGCAUCGGUGUCCUCUGGAGUGGCGCUGAAGAUGAAAUCCUCAAGCAAUCAGUUGCCCACACCGUCGCCCGACUGUACGCUGCUGGGUACAGCCUGCGUGACGCUGCUCGCCAGGCGGUGGACCUAAUCUCGCGAGCGGGUGCACCUUGCGCGGUGGUGGCGGUAGACGCCUCUGGAAAGUCCGUUGUUGAGUCCAAUGCACGGCACUUUCCCAUCGCCCGGGGUUCGUCGUCCACAAGUCCCAAGAUACUAAUCCACCCAACCACGGUCCUGGUGCUUCCAACCCUCCAAUUCUUUGAAGAUAGUCAUAUGGUUAUUGGAAAUUCACGCUAUCCAUCGACUCGGGGACAUAUCGUGGCUGCUCUGAAGCUGGGCGCAAGCAACUUGUUCGCCCUGCCCCUGGAUGACUUCUUGCAUGUCAUGAAUGUCCUCCACGCCACUGCUGCAGUGCUUGGCGAGUACUACAAGGUCGAACGCUGCGCGCUGAUCACCGAGGGUGCGAAUAAGCUCUCCAUUUGGCCCCUGCAUGGGCUGAGCCGCGAUUGGAAACCGGUCACCAGCGAAGUGAAGGAGUUCCACAGGACCUUCCCUGGAUACGUGUCCUCGCAUGAUGGCCCCAUGAUGGCUUCGGCGCAUUUGGAUGAGAUCUGCCACAAGAUCCAAUCUGUAUCGGGACUGUCCCCACCCUUCGACAACCGCUUUGACGGUCCCGAUGACGAUGGGAAUCUCUUUGCUCGAAUUAUUCGUGGCCAGUUACCGCAAUGGCGGAUUUGGGAGGACGAGGACCAUGUCGCUUUUCUCACCCCGUUUGCUAAUGCGGAAGGAUUCACAGUCCUGGUGCCUCGGGCUCACCUCUCCAGCGACAUCUUCGCCAUCGAGCCCUUGUCCUACACCAAUUUGAUGAAGGCCGCGCACAAGGUAGCCGGUUUCCUGACGCAGGCCUUUGGCAUCCAGCAGUGUGGCAUGAUCUUUGAAGGGUUUGAAAUUGACUACGCCCAUGUGAAGCUCAUUCCCAUCCACGCCGCCUCUGAGACAAGCGAUGACCCCCUGGAAGCAGUCGAGCCUUUCCAUGAGACGUACCAGGGCUAUGUGAGCUCCCUCAGCGGGCCAAUCACCCAGGACCUUCCGGCUCUCGGUCGCGCAGCCCAGGCUCUGCGGCGCCUGAUGCCCACCGACAUUUCGAACGCCCUGUCGACCUCGACCAUCGUCCGAGCCCCAAAAGAACCUGAAUAUGGACAUUAG